AAGCCUGGUUUGUGACUGCCAGCCUGCCGGCGGCAAGUAGACACCGGCUGUGGGUGGGGGAGGCGGCCAGCUCAGUGGCCUUGGGCCGCGUGGCCUGGUGGCAGUGGAGCCAUGGUUUCUAAACUCAGCCAGCUGCAGACGGAGCUCCUGGCUGCCCUGCUCGAGUCCGGCCUGAGUAAGGAGGCUUUGAUUCAGGCCUUGGGGGAGCCAGGGCCCUACCUGAUGGUUGGAGAUGCUCCCCUGGACAAGGGGGAGUCCUGCAGUGGGAGUCGAGGUGACCUGGCCGAGCUGCCCAAUGGCCUGGGGGAGUCGCGUGUCUCGGAAGACGACACGGAUGAUGAUGGGGAAGACUUCGCGCCACCCAUUCUGAAAGAGUUGGAGAACCUCAGCCCGGAGGAGGCAGCCCACCAGAAAGCCGUGGUGGAGUCGCUUCUGCAGGACGACCCGUGGCGUGUGGCAAAGAUGGUCAAGUCCUAUUUGCAGCAGCACAAUAUCCCGCAGCGGGAGGUGGUCGACACCACGGGUCUCAACCAGUCCCACCUGUCGCAGCACCUCAACAAGGGCACGCCCAUGAAGACGCAGAAGCGGGCCGCUCUGUACACCUGGUACGUCCGCAAGCAGCGAGAGGUGGCUCAGCAAUUCACCCACGCGGGGCAAGGGGGACUGAUCGAAGAGCCCACCGGUGACGAGCUGCCGACCAAAAAGGGAAGGAGGAACCGGUUCAAGUGGGGCCCGGCAUCCCAGCAGAUCCUGUUCCAGGCCUAUGAGAGGCAGAAGAAUCCCAGCAAGGAAGAGCGGGAGACCUUGGUGGAGGAGUGUAACAGGGCGGAGUGCAUCCAGAGGGGGGUGUCACCAUCACAGGCACAGGGGCUAGGCUCCAACCUUGUCACGGAGGUGCGUGUCUACAACUGGUUUGCCAACCGGCGCAAGGAAGAAGCCUUUCGGCACAAGCUGGCCAUGGACACAUACAACGGACCCCCACCAGGGCCAGGCCCAGGCGCCACACUGUCUGCUCACAGCUCCCCUGGCCUGCCCACAUCCGCCCUCUCCCCCAGUAAGGUCCACGGUGUGCGGUACGGACAGCCUGCAACCAGUGAGGCAGCUGAGGUGCCCUCAAGCAGCGGUGGUCCCUUAGUGACAGUGUCUGCGGCUUUACACCAAGUGUCGCCCACAGGCCUGGAGCCCAGCAGCAGCCUGCUGAGCACUGAAGCCAAGUUGGUCUCAGCCACUGGGGGUCCCCUGCCUCCAGUCAGCACCCUGACAGCACUGCACAACUUGGAGCAGACGUCUCCAGGUCUCAACCAGCAGCCACAGAACCUCAUCAUGGCUUCACUGCCUGGGGUCAUGACCAUUGGACCUGGGGAGCCUGCCUCCCUGGGCCCCACAUUCACUAACACAGGCGCCUCUACCCUGGUCAUUGGUCUGGCCUCCACUCAGGCACAGAGUGUGCCGGUCAUCAACAGCAUGGGCAGCAGCCUGACCACCCUGCAGCCGGUCCAGUUCUCCCAGCCACUGCACCCCUCCUACCAGCAGCCACUCAUGCCCCCUGUACAGAGCCACGUGGCCCAGAGUCCCUUCAUGGCCACCAUGGCCCAGCUGCAGAGCCCCCACGCCCUCUACAGCCACAAGCCUGAGGUGGCCCAGUACACGCACACAAGCCUGCUUCCGCAGACUAUGCUGAUCACGGACACCAACCUCAGCGCCCUUGCCAGCCUCACGCCCACCAAGCAGGGUGUUACCCUGGUUCCCCAGGUCUUCACCUCAGACACAGAGGCCUCCAGUGAGCCUGGACUUCAUGAACCAUCGUCUCCAGCCACCACCAUCCACAUCCCCAGCCAGGACCCAUCUAGCAUCCAGCACCUGCAGCCGGCUCACCGGCUCAGCACCAGUCCCACCGUGUCCUCCAGCAGCCUGGUGUUGUACCAGAGCUCGGACUCCACCAACGGGCAUAGCCACCUGCUGCCAUCCAACCAUGGUGUCAUCGAGACUUUUAUCUCCACCCAGAUGGCCUCCUCCUCCCAGUAACCAUGGUGAUGGCCUCUCAGGAGCUGGGUUCCCAGAGCCCACACUGCCUGCAUAGGGGGUGAGAAGGCCAAGGCCAUGCUGCCUGGAGGACAUCUGCGACUGCCAUGUGUCUCCUGCCGUAGGCUGGUGGCCUUCCCAUACACCCCCGCUUUCACCCGACUUCUCCAGCAGCAUCAGAGAGGGAUGGCUCUGGGGAGUCUCACCCUGAGAAGGGACCAUAAAGGGCUUGAGGACAGCCCGGUCUGGACAGCGUUGGAAGACCAUCCUCCUGCAGAGAAUAGGGAACUCGACACUUGGGACAAAGGGGAGCCUGUGAUGCUGGUACCCACACAGGAUCUCUGUGUUGAGCUUGGGGGCCUAGAUCCACAUGGCUGCCUCCUGUCUCCUGUGCAACCCCAGGCCAUCCCACGAGCACCAGCAACUUCCAGUAAGCCACAUGGCUGUUUGGCGGUCACCUACCCCAGCCCAGACAGGAAUUCUCCAAGUGGCUGUUCUGUGAGGCCUGGGAGCUGAGGGGAAGGCAUGCAGGGCUCUUCUGGGCUUUCUCAAAUGGAGCCAUCCCCUCUCCCAGCCUUAGGAUCUCAUUCACAGGCCAUCUGCUGAUGCCAGCCUGGUAUCUCGUCUCCAAGGCCACUUCAGGGACUCUUUCUUCCUGGUGCGGGGGAGGCAGGACUCAGAAGGCAAGGCUGAGCUGUGUCUGGUGGACAGAAUGCUGAGACCAGUAGAGAGAAGCCACCUAUGCAGCCUGGGCUGAAGCCUGGGGGCUGCCAGCCAUUCUGAGGAAGCCAAGGCUCUGAGUGGGGCUGUGAGGGGCAAAGCAGCUGUGAGAACCCAGAGCACAUGACCUCAUCUCCCCGGCUUACUGCAGAGGACCUGGCUCCUGGUGGGCUCCUGUCUAGGACUGAGGAGGGCCUGGAGACAGCCAGUGUUCCCUGCAGCUCACAGCCAGCCAUGGACAAGCCUGUACAUUUAUUUAACUUUUAGUAAAGUCAACGAAAAAAUGUA